UAAUUUUAAUGUACUCCUUCGUAAAAUCUCAGCAUUUAGCAGCAAGCUGAAUAAAAAGAUAAUCACGUGACUCAUAAUCAGCAUUUGGAAGCAUUUGCCAUUGGGCCAUGCGCCAGGCCGAAGUAGGAAAAGAUAAUCACGUGACUCAUUACUUGCGCCUUUCCAGCACUAUAAUGGAGGGGUUGGAGUAGCAACCUGCGUCCUCGUAUCCCUCGCCGCUUAUCCAAAUUACGCUCUGUACGCGCUUACACGAAGCCCAACCCUCGCAAAUCUUCAAGGUCCUCCAGAUAAGAAAUAAUAGUUUUGUAUAUAUAUCAUUUUUGUAGAAAUUAACUUGUGGGUAGAUGGCUAUGGGCUCUUACUGUUAUUGUAAGGCUGGAUGGAUUCCCCCUUCAUAUCCAGGCACGAACACUGGUAAAUCUCUCUGCCUCAGGCAUGGUCAGUUGGGUUUAGCUUCCUCAGCUGAGAAAUCUCCCAGACCCUUGCUUCGCAUCUCGGCGAAUUCAACACAGAGAGCCCGAUUCGUUGCUCGGCGUAGAGAGUCCGUUUCGGUUCGGCAACUCCAACGGCCACUAAUUGAGUACAUGAGCUUGCCGGCGAGUCAGUACUCGGUGCUGGAUGCAGAACGGAUCGAGAGGGUGGAUGAAAACACGUUUAGGUGUUAUGUAUAUAGUAUUAAGUUCUUUGCUUUUGAGGUUUGCCCUGUUUUGCUUGUCAGAGUGGAGGAGCAGCCCAAUGGGUGUUGCAUUAGGCUCUUGUCAUGCAAGCUCGAGGGUUCGCCGAUUGUUGCUGCACAGAAUGACAAAUUUGACGCUUCUAUGGUGAACCGAAUAUCAUGUGGGAGCAACCAAAUCAACUCAUUGGCUCAACGACUAACCUCAGAUGCUGUGAUUGAGGUUAGCAUUGAGAUUCCUCUUGCAUUUCGUGUAAUUCCGGUGCAAGCAAUUGAAUCAACUGGCACCCAAGUUCUCGAGCAAAUACUGAGGCUUAUGCUACCCCGGUUUAUGGCACAGCUUGUGAAGGACUAUCAAGCAUGGGCAUCUGGUGAUACCUCUAGGCAGCCUCUUGGGACAGGUCAGAUUUGAGAUUAUACAUCACAGCCCUUGCCACUGCCCCGGACAUGGUUAGACUAUAUACCAUUUUCUGUGACCCCUGGAUUGCAUUGUGAAAGGAAAGAAUUAACAAACUCCGUGUUGCUGUAGACUGUUACCAUUUCAUCUGAAUGACUUUUCUGUGGGCUUAGUUCGCACGCAAUUAAUUCAUUACUUUGCUCUCUAAGGUUGUAGGAACUGUGCCUGCUGAGAUUAUCAUUGAAUCUUUAGCUAAGCAUAUCUUUAUGAAUUUCAAGACAGAACAAGAGAUUGAGGAAUUCAUAUUGAGGAGGAAAAAUAUCACACACUA